AUGAGCCGUGGAACGUACGCUCUAAAGCCCGUUCGGCCCUCUUCGACCACUUCGUCUUCAUCUUCGUCUUCAUCAGCAUCUUCGCGGACUGCUAUCACAACAGUCGACUUUCCCAGCAUACAAAGAGUCAUCAGAGCAGUCUUUCGGUCCUCAAGAAUCAAUGUUCAGCAAAUUGAAGUCCAGCAAGGGUGCAUACACCAGGUUUAUCUCGCAAGACUUCAAGAUGGCAGCUGUUUGAUACUCAAAUGCCCACCAGCUUAUAACAUCCGACUCCUCCGGCAUGAGAAGCACUUCCUGGAGACAGAACGCAAAGCACUCGAGACACUGCACGAGUAUACACAAGUACCUGUGCCCCAAAUCAUCAAAUAUGAUAGCCAUGGUGGACCGCUUGGUGCACCAUUUCUUAUGAUGAGCCACAUGCCUGGUCGCAAGCUCUCGGAAAUCGCGCCAUACAUCUCGACCAGCGAGAGAAACUCCAUCGACCACACACUAGGCACACAUGUCCGCGCUCUGACUGCACUAUCUGCCACCCAAUUUGGUAUGACACACCGUGUCUUCGUCAAAAAGGGCAGCAACUCCUGGCGCGAGGCUUUCUUUGCCCUCCUCGAAGCCGCACUACGCGAUGCUGAGGAUAUGCUUGUUAACGCACACUCCGAAAGUAUACGUUUCUGGGUUGGCAAACACGCACACUGCCUGGAAGAAGUUACCGAACCGCGCCUUGUAGCGCUCAAUCUCUGCGACCCGGAGAACGUGCUCAUCGACGAACGUACCAAGCAGGUCAUAGGUCUUGUCGGAUUUUCGAACGUCAUCUGGGGCGACCCUCUCAUGAGCGGCGGUAUCGCGGAUGGCAAUGAAGCGUUCUUCGCCGGCUUGGGAGAUUACCCUGUGAAGACUGGGGGCGCGAGGGUCAGGAUGCUGAUGUAA